AUGAAGUGGCUAGAAUAUGAUGGUGCCUUUGUCUUUGGCAGUGGUAUCCCCUCUGGCGUCCUUCGAUUUGUCGGACAUAUAGUAUUGGGCAUCUACAUGUCUCUGGCAUCUGGUACUUAUAAAUAUGUCAAGGCGCACGCCGCCGUCGUUCAACAGCCGCCCUUCAACCCUGAUACGCUGUACCUGAGCUAUCUUGCUUCAAAAUGGAGCAAAAUUGGAUUCUGGUGGAACUUUGCCAUUUGGUUACCGACCAUUGCCUCGCCGAGCCUUUGCGUCACGAUUAUCGGGAUGUUUGAUACCACUAUCACGGUCUAUUUUGCUCUCGCCACGGUGCGUCAGGGAACGUAUAUUCCCCAUUCUGCUGGGCCCUGCAAAAACGCAGAUACCUGGCAAGUUCCCACUGCGAACGGCAAUGGAAGCUACUUCCAUAUUCUUGAAACUCUUAAUACCUAUCCUGAUAAACCUGAAAUGCACGUUCCAUCUGACAAGAUCUGUAAAGAUUUUGUAUCUCAAUGGAGGUUUGGGAUUGGAUCUCUCCUGGCUAUCUCGAUCAGGGUCGUUCGAUCAGAUAUGCGCCCUGAAAGAAGAAGAAAGGAGCCGUACAUCUUGACAGCGCUUAGAGUUUUAUCUCUCAUCCCAUAUUUUAUCUGUGAAAUUGUCGCUACGGUUCCCCGAUAUUCAAUACAUUUCUUGCCUAGGCCUGUGCAAUCGCAAUUACGCUUCCGUCUUCGUUGCAUUAACAAAAUGAGCCAAUUGGUCUACAUGCCUGUUCGGGAAGUGCACCAUCAAUUUCCUCUAUCCUUUACAAAAUCCAAACGCCACCAGCCUCCUCCAGAACCUAAAGAGGUCCAGGGCAAAUCCAAAAACCAAAGCAACCCACUGGCAAGGUUCCUGCAUAUCGAUAUUCUGACUCUUGUCGCCCAAGACUUGCACUAUCAGGACUUAGUAAACUUGAGCUUGACAUCAAAGGAAAUGCGACAGACGGUUUUCCCAGAUGGCCAUCUCGGCAGUGAGCUGGGCAUCCUGGGGGAUCCUCUCAUAACCCAGUCAUGCGGCGAGUCAAGGCCCUUUACCAGACCUCAACUCGACACCCUCCACGAAGAAACCUGCCAGCCCUACUGUUCCCCUUGCUACUAUAACAAGAUCAGCAUGCGUCUAAAUGACACCGACAGGUGCUGCAAUCGCAAUUUUCCACUUACAGGUAACGUUCAUGGCUCAAGAGGAAGCUUUGACACAAGCCCGUUCGGAAAUGGCUGCCUGUUGUGCAGCACAUGCAAAACCCUCCCCGACAGCCAGUGUCUGGCGCAGCUGCACGAGCGUGAGAAAACCAGAAUGAGACGCAAACGGAGGCACAGAAAGCAUCGCGAUGAUUUUGCAUGUAGACAUUGUUCGAAGGCGUUGCCCUCUUGGGGUCCGAGGUGGUGGGUUUGUGAAGCCUGUGGUCGGCUCACCAGCCGUGUGCUGUUGCGGUAUGACUGGGUAUGCGUGAUUGGGAGUUUUGGAAAAUGA